AUCACCGCGGUGGGAUCGUCUGAGAUAUCACAAUUUUACGCUCCCCACUAAUUAAUCGGAAAGUCCGACAGUGAUUCUUGUUUCGUCAACCAAUCGGGAGGAAAGAUCAUUAGGGCUCGACCGUUUAGUUAUUGCAUAUAAACGAAACGUAUUGACAAAUACAAUAACAUGCAGUCAAAACUUCAUUGGGUUAUCAGCUGGAAGAAUAUGACACGAGUUUUGCGACCAUUCAACAGUGAAAGAAAUUUCUACAUUAAUUACCGCUGUUUUACUAAAGAAAACUCGAAAAGUGAAUUAAACCUCAAUCGUGUUAAUUUACGCUCGAUACAUAUUUUGACACCGUCUGUCUUUGCAAAUCAAAAAACACGCAAGAUGCCAUCCGUUGUCGAUAAUUAUCAUUCGCAAAUCUCGAGAUUUUUUCUAACUUAUGCAGCAAAAAACCCAUUGACUAAAAAUAGGUACGAUUACAUAGGUAAAAUACCAUUAUUAAACGCAUGUACAGUAGAAAUGUCAUUAAAACUUCGUGACUACAUUGAGAAAUGUGCCGUGUUGUGUUGUCCUAAGGACAUUUAUAUAUGUAAUGGUUCAGAUGUGGAAUAUACGCAAAUGCUAAAAAUUCUUCAGGAAAAUGGAACUAUUAAAAAAUUGCCCAAAUAUGAGAAUUGUUGCUGCAAAAAUCCAUAUUUUUCAAAACAUAGCAUUGGUACCCAAUAAACCCUGUUUGUUACAGUGAUUAACGUGGAAAUAACAAAUAAU